CCAGGGGAGGAAGAGCACGACAAGGAAGGCCGUGUGAUCACGGCCGAGUUCCCCUCUUAUUUCCUGGUGACGGCCUACGUGCCUAACGCCGGCCGGGGCCUGGUGCGGCUGGAAUACCGCCAGCGCUGGGACGCGGCCUUCCGCUCCUACCUCCAAGGCCUGGCUGCCCAGAAGCCCCUCAUCUUGUGCGGGGACCUCAACGUCGCCCACCAGGAGAUCGACCUGAAGAACCCGAAGGGCAACAAGAAGAACGCCGGCUUCACGCCGGAGGAGCGGGCCGGCUUCACCACCUUGCUGGAGGCGGGCUUCGUCGACAGCUUCCGCCACCUCUACCCGGACACGCCCUACGCCUACACCUUCUGGACCUACAUGAUGAACGCCCGGGCCAAGAACGUGGGCUGGCGGCUCGACUACUUCCUGGUUUCGAAGGACCUCCUGGAAGGUCUCUGUGACAGCAAGAUCCGCUCCGCAGCCCUGGGGAGUGACCACUGCCCCAUCACCCUGUACGUGGCUGCGUGAAAGGCAAGAGUGUUAGCAUUUGGGUGGCUGGCAGCUGUAAUAUUGUAGCUUGCGGGUGGGGCAAAAAAAGAGAAAUUAUUGUAAAAAACUAGUGGCGUAACAUUGGAGGCAGAUAAUACUGUAUAUCCUGACCCCCUACUGUAGGACAGGGGUUUGACUUCCCAUUCUGUUCCUCUAGCUGAAACUUGUAAGAGGAAAUCAGAAGGAUCUUAGGCUCCUGAACUGGGAGAGGACCUUUCCGAAUUUGUCAUGGCCAGCUCCAGGCUAGCAAUAUAAUCUACAGUUCUGGGCGUCACUCUUUUCAGUGCUUGGCCCCAGUUUGUUCUUUUGCUGCCUGUAGGAAGCACCCGAUGAAACAGAACCAGGGAGUUGAGCAAAG